AUGAGUUCGGCAGUUUGCAUUCCAAUCCAGGUUUCGACCUUUACGCUGAAUGCGGCCGUCGCUAACUCGGGCAAAGACGUGCCCAAUUGGUGCGUUGGCCCGUUAUCGCAGCCAAAUUAUGAUCGCCUUCUUCGAUAUGAGAAUGACGUCCAGCAACACGCUGACAUGUUGAAUCGACACCGCCUCGAGUCACUCAACCCGAGACUUUUUGACGCUUUCGACAAGGAGGUUCGACAAAAUCGUCAGGGCCUGUACCUCCACUGGAAGCUACCGCAACUGUAUCGAGCUACCGCCGAGGUCAGCGCUGGAGCGGAUGAGUUCAAGAACGACUGCUUCACAAAUGGCUUCCUCAGUCUUGAGAAGCUCUCCGAGGCAGAAGGUGGUGCCAAAUGGAAUGCCAAUGCAAGCAAAGCCACGACUGGUGAGUCAAGCUCUUUGUACAGAGCUGUACCGAAUCGCUGGCUUGUCUGGCGAAGGAUUCAUGAGGACUCAAUUCAGCCGAAAGAGGCUCUUGACAAGAUCAAGAAGUUUGAACUUUUCAUAAUCGAGAGUAACUUGUGUCGAAACAUAUCCGAACUGGGACCCGAGAUUGACAUAGAGGUUGAUGUCUCACCAUUUGUGGAUGCUGAGAAACCACCAGAAGGUCAAGAAGACAUGUUCUUGGGUAACAAGAUCUCAGUUUAUGCAGACGGAGCCCAGCCGCCCAACGCAGAGGAAGGCGAAAAGAAAUCCGUCCCUCUAUCAAUCUUCAACAGUUCGAACCCAUUAUUUGCCGACUUUCAACCACACAACUCCAACGUCUUCUCGAUGGUCGAUACUUUCUCCUAUCAGCAUGAUCUCGGCAAUGGAAAAAGCGAGACCAGGACACUCACAGAAGCAAAUGCAGACUAUUGUGUUCUCGGCUGGGUUCAUGACGCGAAGCUGGAUAUUUUUUCCGCAAAGAGCAAACCUCAUGGUGAGAUCCUGAAAGAGCUGGGUCUUGAGCUCGCAGACGGCGAGGCUGCAAACGCACAGGACUGGCUCAAAUCGUGUGAUAAAAACAACGAUAUCACCAGAGCCAUGUGCCAUGCCUCCAUAUACGGAGCGACAUGGAGAAAGGAAAUAGCCCCGGAGAACAAAGCCCAUGAGCUUGCAAACUGUUUUACAGAACAGAUGCCGGUUUUAGUGGGCUACUCACCACUCGAUUCCCUUGGGGCAUUCGCAAGAGAGGCACCGGAAUCAUUCGAGCAGCUCAACGGUGCAAAGCUUGAUUCGUCUCUGACCGGCACCCCAAAGUCCUUGAGCGAUCUUAUUUACGAGGUGCAAACCUUUACCAAGACAUCUCCUGGGAACCCCGACAAUUACCUUGCUCAACGAGAUAGAGCCCUUUUACAAGCAUUUACGGUCUCGUCACUCGGAUAUGUCUGGAAACUUAUUGACAAGGGUGACCAAGCCAACUCACCGAAUCCUCAACCAGAGGUUAAAACAUCACUCAUUCCCUCCGAUACCCAAAAGCUGGCUCUUGCCGGACUCGGCAAGUUACAGAGCUUCCGAGAUGCUUGCGAAUCUAAGCUGAAACAGCUCAGAUGGGACUUGUUUGCCGAGUGGUGGAAAGUCAAGACUAGUGAGCAAAGUAUGGCUGAAGUUGACCUGAAUGUUCUUCGAUCCUCGUCAUCAGAUGCCGUCAGACCCAUCGUGAGAGACAUUCGAAGAUUGAUAUCGAUUUGCAACGAGCUAGAUCGUGAGCUGGACACGAAUAAGGUUGCAGAAAAAUGUCCCCAGGCCGAAAAGACCCCAAGUGAGCCAUUUCACCAGAGACGAGAACCAACUGUGACGGUAGCCAGAGCAGUAUCAGCAUGGAACAUCAGGGAUACUAAACCCACCCGGGUACGGAUAACAUCGCAGGUGCAUCCGCAGGGGGAGGACCAAGAAACCAAAGCAGCCUUCACCGCAGAGGCCAAUGCAACAGAUAAUCUACAAGACAGUUUGUAUAACGCCAUGGAAUUCCAUCGUCCAAAAAUGAACGCCGUUGUAUUCACCACCAUGCAAGAGCUGGUUCGCGAGUGGGUUCGUCUCGGGCCAAAGGACGAUCCACAUGCUCCAAAGCGCACAACAAAGCCAUCCAUCGUCAGCCCGCCAUACGAAUCGAGGACACUCGAGGAUGAUGAGCAACUUGGAAAUGUCCCAAACUUCAACAAGAAGCAAGAGUUCAACGCCGUGUUUGUUGAAUGGGAGGCGGUUUAUUUCCACAUUCCUUUUGACAAAUGGUCUUUGCUGCCAGAUGAAGCCACAGGUCUACGGUGGGACUUGAAAGAGUAUGUGGGAUCGGGACAUACACAUGAUGUGAGAACCAUCAGCGGCAGAGACCUACUUCUUCCGCAGGUCAAGGCCGAGUUACAGGUGGCGGCAGAAAAUAUUGAGUAUUUCUCAGAGGAGUUCCAGGAUCUGCUGUUGGACAGACUCUGCUUUCCGUCGAGCUCGUUCUCGCUGAACGGGAUGAAUGAGCAUCUUUCCACUCGUUAUGUUGGCGGCACUCAUCUGACCCCCAACGCAACACUGUCUGGGGUUGUGAAGGGGGCUGUGGUAGAAUCUGUGUUUACCGAGGACGAUAUAGAGCUCAUUGGAAACCAGACACGGGAGACGCCGUACGCCGGUACAGUUGACAUUGGAGCCACAGAUGAAGAUGCUGGCAAUAUGCCUUCUCCUUUCAAGCCGGUUCUUCAUGGUCAGAUGGUCUUGACAAAACUAAAUCUCGUAGAUGAGUUUGGUCAAGUUGUCUCUGCUUUUGACUUUGAUAAGGCUCCAAGUGACAACUUCCUGGAUCGCAAGAUUUAUCCUGAAGUCAGUGAUACUUACGCGUGCAGCAACCUCGUUGACCCUCACGGAAAGCCGACCAAGAUUGCCAAUGCGGUCGUUGGAGACCAAGAGAAUCGCUGCGCUUUCUUUCAGAUUCCUCCGAGCAUCAACCAAGAGGCAAGAUUGAAUGCAUUCUUUGUCACUGAUAAGGACAUAUUUGGCAAACCUCUACCUCCAGACGAGCCUUACCGGCCAAUUUACGAACAAUGGGAGAACCCAGUCUGGGGUUGGGUAUUGGUCAACUAUGCUAGCCACGGCGUUCAGUUCUUCCUCCCCAACGGCAAGUUCUAUGGCCAAGUUCUGCUCGGCGGAUCCACAGGAACAGAUAUACCCUUGAGAUGGCAGCCUUUUGAAGAGCCCCCCGCCGAUUUAACAUCGUUCUCUGCGGAUUCUGUAGAUGUACGACGCCUCCAGGAGCUCAUGGACGUGUUUCGUCAAGACCCAGACUACUUGAAGGCAUUCAUCCACAUGAUUGGCGAGUCACUCACUUUGUCCAAAGAUAUGGACCCAUCAUACUCGGAGAGCCUUGCCUCAAUCACCGGGAGAUGCCUUGCUCUUGUGGAUUUUGGUGUCUCGCUCGAGCUUGCUCAGAAGCCAAGAGAAAACCAGUCUACCAUCAACGAUGCUCCUCCACAGCUUGAACUGCAACAUUACAAGUUCCCUUGCAUUUUUGGUGACGUGGAACGCAGAGAAGAUGGAAUGGUGGGGUACUUUGGGCCCUCUUCAGCGACAACCAAAAAGCCUGAUUUCUCAACGUGUUAUACCUAUUUCCCUCAACCAAAGCAAAAAGCCUCAAAAAACACAAUGAAAGAAAUCAUAAGCCAGCACUACCCAUUCCUCCAGCCACAGUACGCCGAUCCACUGGAACUCACACGAUCGGUGUUCGUCGAGCCUGAGAAUACCUUGAACUCUGACACCUUGGACCGCAUGUCUUCAGAAUUCCGAAAGGCGACGUCUAACAGUUUGAGCAUCUUCACCGCCAUAAUCAAUCCAUACACUCCCUUCCACGUCAGGACUGCUGGUCUUCUACCAACAAAGGCUCUUCAGAUACCGUCGUGGACUAUUAAGAAUGCUCUUGAGAAAAUGGACGUAUUCUUCCCCGCAGGACCUGUUCUGACCCUCGACGCUACUAUAUCAAAGCCUAUAUCACCACCUACAGACAUAGCUACCAUGCAACAAAGUAAAGUCAGGGGUGCAGGAGAAGAGACAUCCAAGUCGAGGAUGGAGGUCCCAACGCCUCCUGUUGGUAAAUGGACUUGGUUACAGCCUACACUUGACGAAAGGGAGUCUAAAACCAAGUAUAAAGAGAUUGAGACAGACGGAUUGAAGAGAAUUGAAGAGGACAAUAUUCUGAGGAUAAACAACAGGCAGCCAUUAACAGCACUUGAGGGAUACCUGUGUAUGAGUCGGGAUAAUGAUAGAAAGAAAGUAUAA